AUGGCUUUGGUCAACAAAUGCCCAACCAAAAGCCCAGAGGCACUCGCUCACUUACCCGACACGGAUAUGCAACUGGGGGAGUGUGAAGUGUACUCGAACUGCAAGACGCUGAAUUUCUGUGGAGGGUCAGGGAGGGCGAUGGAGAUGGAGAUGGAGCUUCCGGUUGCAACAGUGACUCAGCACGAUCAAUGGAAGGUGGAGAGUCAGGUCUUUCGGAUAUACGAUCUCUUUGGCAACCUUCCCCCCAACGCCCAAUCCGUAAUGAUCGAACUUCAGCGUGAUAAUCACAUAGAGUACUUAACGAGAGGCCUCAGACAACUCCAUCCCUCAUUCUGCACUUUGGAUGCCAGUCGGCCUUGGCUGUGCUAUUGGAUUCUGCAUUCUUUGGCUUUACUAGGGGAGUCUGUUGAUGACGAACUGGAACAUAACACCAUUGACUUCCUUAGCCGUUGCCAGGACCCAAGUGGUGGAUAUGGCGGCGGACCUGGACAGCUGCCACAUCUGGCAACAACUUAUGCUGCAAUCAAUGCACUCAUAACUGUCGGUGGUGAUCAAGCUCUCUCAUCAAUUAAUAGAGGUGAACUAUACAAGUUUCUGCAGCAAAUGAAACAUCCAAGCGGUGGCUUCAGGAUGCAUGAUGGUGGAGAAAUUGAUGUCCGGGCUUGCUACACUGCGAUUUCUGUAGCAAGUAUUUUGAACAUUUUGGAUGAUGAACUGGUUCAUAAUGUUGGAAGUUUCAUCUUAAGUUGCCAGACUUAUGAAGGUGGCAUUUCUGGGGAACCUGGUUCUGAAGCUCAUGGCGGGUAUACCUUUUGUGGGGUGGCUACAAUGAUUCUAAUCAAUCAGAUCAAUCGUUUGGACUUGCCCAGACUAAUUGAUUGGUUGGUAUUUCGACAAGGGAAGGAGUGUGGAUUUCAGGGGAGGACUAAUAAAUUGGUUGAUGGUUGCUACUCCUUUUGGCAGGGAGGUGUUUUUCCAUUAUUACAAAGAGUGCGUUCAAUUAUUGAUGAACAACUCGUGCUACCGGACGCUGGAGGACAGUGUACAUCUAGUAUAUCUGAAGUGGGGGAAGGUUUUGAAGGCACUUCAUCUCAUGUUGAUGAUGCUUGCCAUUCUAGGCAGGAAGUGAAUUUCAAUGAUAUCGGUUAUAAUUUUGUCAAGAGGCCUAUAGAAAUGGAGCCACUUUUUCACAGCCUGGCAUUGCAGCAAUACAUACUUUUAUGCUCACAGGAGGAGAAGGGUGGGAUGAAAGACAAACCUGGGCUAUCUAGGGAUUUCUACCACACAUGCUAUUGUCUGAGUGGUCUCUCUGUAUGCCAACAUAUGUGGUCGGAUGAAGAAGACUCUCCAGUGUUGCCUAGAGCAUUAAUGGGUUCCUAUUCCAAUUUGUUGGAACCAAUACAUCCCCUCUUCAAUGUUGUCUUAGAACAGUACCAUGAAGCCCGGGAAUUCUUUACAAGAGACUGA